AUGGCGGACGAAGGCAAGUCCGUGGCGAAGAUCAUCGACGGCAAGGCCAUCGCGAAGCAGAUCCAUGGCGAGGUGGCUGAGGGGGUGGCCAAACUAAAGGAAGCCACUGGGAAGGUCCCAGGGCUGGCUGUGAUUAUAGUGGGGGAGCACAAGGACUCGCAGACGUACGCGAAGGUGAAGCCGUACCUGGCCAUGGAUAUCCCCGUCCCAGGGUUGGCUGUGAUUAUAGUGGGGGAGCGCAAGGACUCGCAGACGUACGUGCGGAUGAAGGUGAAGGCGUGCCAGGAGGUGGGGAUCGCGUCGUUCGAGGGGAAGCUUCCUGGCGAUGCCAGCCAGGAUGACGUCAUUGCUGCUGUCAGAGAGUUCAACGCCAACCCUGACCUCCCCCUGCCGGCACACAUCAGCGAGGAGGCGGUGCUUGCUGAAGUGGCGCUGCCCAAGGACGUGGACGGCUUCCAUCCAAUCAACAUCGGCCAGCUGGCGAUGAAGGGGCGCCACCCGCAGUUCGCUCCAUGCACUCCCGAGGGCUGCAUGGUUCUAUUGGAGCACAGCGGCGUGCAGAUCAGUGGGCAGAUUGUGAGACGCCUCAAAAGUGCAUCACCUCAGAACGCCCUCCCUCCCACUUCUCCAUAUUCAACUCCCAUGCAUCAACGUCCUCUGGUGCCACCCGCCCUUCUGCAGGGCUGCAUCGUGCUGCUGGAGCGCAGUGGCGUGCCGAUCAGCGGGCAGCGGGUGGUGGUGAUUGGAACCUUCUAUCCCUCCUCUCCCUGUCACAUCAUCCUAAAACCUCCAACCCCUUUUAUUUUGCAGGGCUGCAUGGUUCUAUUGGAGUGCAGUGGCGUGCAGAUCAGUGGGCAGCGGGCGGUGGGCUGCAUGGUUCUAUUGGAGCGCAGUGGCGUGCAGAUCAGCGGGCAGCGGGCGGUGGUGAUUGGCCGCAGCAACAUCGUGGGCAUGCCUGCUGCGAUGCUAUUGGUGGAGAGGGACGCGACGGUUACCAUAGUGCACUCGCGGACCAAGGAGCCCAAGGAGAUCGUGAAGCAGGCGGAUAUUGUUAUUGCUGCUAUUGGGAGGGCCCAGAUGGUCAAAGCCGACUGGCUGAAACCGGGGUGUGCAGUGAUCGACGUGGGGAUCAAUGCAGUGGACGAUGCAAGCAAUAAGGCGGGGUACCGGCUGGUGGGGAAUGUGGACUAUGAGCAAGCCAGGGAGGCUCAUCUGCCUUGUUCCCUUUCUUCCCACUCAACCGCCCUCCUCCCUGCUCCCCUCCGUCCCCUCUCCUUCAACUCUCCUUCACCUCCUCCCGCUCGUUCCUUCUCCAUUGCCUCUCCUACCCUCUCUAUUCUCCACCAGGUGAAAGCCGACUGGCUGAAACCGGGGUGUGCAGUGAUCGACGUGGGGAUCAAUGCAGUCGAUGACGUGAGCAAGAAGGCGGGGUACCGGCUGGUGGGGGAUGUGGACUAUGAGGGGGCCAGGGAGGUGGCCGGGUGGAUCACACCCGUGCCGGGGGGAGUGGGACCCAUGACCAUCGCUGUGCUGCUGCAGCACACUCUUACAGCCGCACAGAGGGCACUGGGGGCUAAUUCAUAG